GACAUGGGUACUCCGGACUACAAGGUCUCUGACGAUGUCCGCACACAGCUGUACAUCGUGGCGACUCUUUGCGGUGUGUGCCUGACGGCCUCCCUGGUGUUCUUCUGGACUUCCACACCCAGCAGCAGGCCGGAGAAGGAAGUGGAAGCUGAAGCUCAGCCAGCUGAGGAGGUUGAUGCGGAGGCCCAGCCCGUUGAGGCACGCGGCACAUCUCUGGAGGACUACGAGGACCUGGUGCAGCUGAUGCUCCAGAAGGCCAUGCAGAGUCUGGGGCCAAAGGCGGCCAAGGGCGUCCAGGUGAAGACAAUCAUCACUGACAAGUUCACCUCUCUGGCAGACAAAGCAAAGGCCUUUGUGAUGACAGAGCUGACUGAUGGGGUGGGCUCCGUGGCCCGUGCGCUGGAGAUGGAGGAGUUCAUGGUACUUCUGGACGAG